UGCAGUCCUCUAACACGAACACUUGCUGACUGAUGAGAGUUCAAUGUGAAAAUUUGUACUGAUGUCUCCGCAGAGAAAUGCAGAUCAACAACCUGCAAUAGAAGAGGCACGUGUUCUGAACUGCCUACUGGGCUCAGGUGCACAUGUAAUCAAGGUUUCUAUGGAAACAACUGUGAAAACGAGAAAUGCAAAUCAACAACCUGCAAUAGAAGAGGCACGUGUUCUGAACUGCCUACUGGGCUCAGGUGCACAUGUACCCAUGCUUUCUAUGGAAAAAAUUGUGAAUACGAGAAAUGCAGAUCAACAACCUGCAAUCGAAGAGGCACGUGUUCUGAACUGCCUACUGGGCUCAGAUGCACAUGUUACCAUGCUUUCUAUGGAAAGAAUUGUGAAUACGAGAAAUGCAAAUCAACAACCUGCAAUGGAAGAGGCACCUGUUCUGAACUGCCUACUGGGCUCAGGUGCACCUGUAGCCAUGCUUUCUAUGGAACGAACUGUGAAUACGAGAAAUGCAAAUCAACAACCUGCAAUAGAAGAGGCACGUGUUCUGAACUGCCUACUGGGCUCAGGUGCACAUGUGACCAUGCUUUCUAUGGAAAAAAUUGUGAAUACGAGAAAUGCAGAUCAACAUCCUGCAAUGGGAGAGGAACGUGUUCUGAACUGCCCACUGGGCUCAGGUGCACAUGUGACCAUGCUUUCUAUGGAAACAAUUGUGAAAACGAGAAAUGCAAUUCAACAACCUGCAAUGGAAGAGGCACGUGUUCUGAACUGCCUACUGGGCUCAGGUGCACAUGUGACCAAGGAUUCUAUGGAAACAAUUGUGAAAACGAGAAAUGCAAUUCAACAACCUGCAAUGGAAGAGGCACGUGUUCUGAACUGCCUGCUGGGCUCAGGUGCACAUGUGAUCAAGGUUUCUAUGGAAACAAAUGUGAAUACGAGAAAUGCAAUUCAACAACCUGCAAUGGAAGAGGAACGUGUUCUGAACUGCCUACUGGGCUCAGGUGCACAUGUGAUCAAGGUUUCUAUGGAAACAAUUGUGAAUACGAGAAAUGCAAUUCAACAACCUGCAAUGGAAGAGGAAAGUGUUCUGAAUUGCCUGCUGGGAUCAUGUGCAAAUGUGAUCAAGGUUUCUAUGGAAACAACUGUGAAUACGAGAAAUGCAAUUCAACAACCUGCAAUGGAAGAGGAAAGUGUUCUGAAUUGCCUACUGGGAUCAUGUGCACAUGUGAUCAAGAUUUCUAUGGAAACAAUUGUGAAAACGGCUGACUGGUGGCGCAAUGGCAUCAGCGCCGGACUCCGGAGCGAAGGUUCCCAAGAUCGAAUCCAAGUCGGUCCACCUUCGAGCAUGCUUUCUAUCCGUGCCUGGUUAAGCAUCGAGCUGACCACACGGCUUCGUAAAUGA